AAUUUGUCACCUCCAUCCAAAGUUUCUGUGUAAUGUCAGGUACACUACAUAAUGAAUCAAUUCAUAGUCGCAGAAGUACAUUCGUGUGUAAACCGAGCAAAUCAACUAUUCGGAUUGUAAAAGAAACUAAUAGUUCCAGAAUAAGCCUAAGUAGUACAACUGUACUUGAGGAUUUGAAAGGAUUUCUUGAGGACUGUGAUGAUACGAUUGUCGAGUUAUCGAAGCUCUCGAUCACAGACGGCGAGGUUACUGUGUUAGAGAAAUUCCAUGAGGCCACGCGCGUUGCCACUGCCCGAGAUUACGUGCUGCGACGCUGCAAUCAAACAAACGCUAUAUUGUUUGAUGAAUGCUAUCCAGAUACGGUAUUAAAGAACUGCCACAAGAUCGGCGAAGGCCUGUACGGAGAAGUGUUUCUGUGGCGGGCGCCCGAUGGACGCGCGCGUGUGAUGAAGAUAGUGCCUAUAGCCGGCACCACCCGCGUCAAUGGGGAGCAACAGAAGGACUUCCACGAGAUCAUUUCUGAAAUUGUGAUUGCUAUGGAAUUGAGCGCACUACGCGCUCCCAUAGCCGAAAUUGAACGUCACUUUGAUGAAGGCAAGGAGAUUGACGCAUUGGACUUGCAUUCUCUGGAGAACGCAACUGACAUCUUUAAUGAGGUGCUAGCUGUACGUUCUGUAUACGGCAGUUAUCCAUCCCGACUACUCGAUCUGUGGGAAUUAUACGACGAGUGCAACGGCUCGGAAAACGAUAACCCGGCCAUACUGCCCGUCGACCAGCAAUACAUUGUGCUGGAACUUGCCAACGCCGGACAAGAUCUCGAGAGCUAUCAGUUCAACAGCGCUGAACAGGCGCAUGCGCUGUUCUUGCAGAUUGCGUUCGGUUUGGCAGUGGGGGAGGAAGCCUUCCAGUUCGAACAUCGCGACUUGCACUGGGGAAACGUAUUGAUAAAGCCUACUGAUCAAAAGUUCGCGACGUUCGUGCUGCGCGGGCGCGCGCACCGCGUGCCGCGGCGGGGCGUGGCGGCCACCAUCAUCGACUACUCGCUGUCGCGCCUGUCGCUCCCGCUCGCGCCCGAGCAGCGCGACUGCCGCGAGUCGGCGGCGCUCUACAACGACCUCGGCGCCGACGACGACCUCUUCGGCACCGUCGGCGACUACCAGUUCGAGGUCUACCGCCUCAUGCGAGAUAAGCUGGGAAAUGAUUGGAAGAAUUUCGAGCCGUACACAAAUAUUCUGUGGCUGCACUACAUAGUGGAUAAGAUGAUAACGGCGCUUCGUUACAAAAGGACGAAUACAAAAACUCAUAAGCAGUAUAUUGCAAAACUAAAGGGCCUCAAGGACAGGAUACUCUCGUAUGGGAGCGCAACACAAUUUGUGCUGACCGACAACGAAUACUAAACGAACAAAUUAUGAUAUAUUAUACAUUUAUAAAUUUACACAUUUAACAUCAUCGCUAGUUUCUUCAAUAUGGUAGUAACUGUUUGUUCUCACUUGACAAUGAAAAGCAUAAAUUAUAAUGUAAAUAGAGUUUGCUUCGAGUUUGUUAUAGACACUAAAAGAAUUAUUUACAAUAUUGUUGCCGCACUAGACUGGUUCCGGCAGGAA